AUGGCACCCAGGAAGUGGGGCGCCAUCAUUUUCAGCAGGGGCUCCUUUGCUCACCCAGCCCUGCCUGCCCUGGUGGUGAGGGAUGGGCAGGAAGACCUCCCACCACCAUCAGCUGUGUCUGCUCAUGGCAUCACCCUCGGUCUCCCAGGCCCAGGGUCUGCUCGGUUUGAUUGGAUUACGACUCCAGCCUAUCCCCGGAGGUUGCCUCCCACUCCUGUUCCAUUACUCGGGAAACGCAGGCCCAACCCUUGGUGUCCAGUGUACAGAGUCACCUCUAUCUUGGCCCUACCCUUGGGUGGGUUGGAGGUUUAUUGCUUUGUUGACCUAAAUGUCUUUCUGGAGUGGUAA